GUAAAAACUAACAAAAUGAAUUCGCUGACAUGGAUUCUGGCAGUUUUGUUCGUCACACCGGCCGCUUCAUACUUCAUUCACGUUGAUGCCAAUGAGGAGCAAUGCUUUUUCGAUCGAUUAACGUCAGGAACCAAAAUGGGUCUGAUGUUCGAAGUUGCUGAAGGAGGAUUCCUCGAUAUUGAUGUUAAGAUUACCGGACCAGACAAUAAAGAAAUCUAUAAAGGAGAACGUGAAUCAUCAGGAAAGUUCACUUUUGCUGCCCAUAUGGAUGGAGUCUACACUUAUUGUUUCGGAAACAAGAUGAGCACGAUGACGCCGAAAGCUGUAAUGUUCACCGUCGAAAUCACUGAGCCACAUCAGCAAGCACCAGGAGCAGCCGCUAAUCAAGAUGCUGCCGAUAAUGCCAAGCUUGAAGAAAUGGUUCGUGAGCUAUCCUCUGCUUUGAUGUCAGUGAAACACGAGCAAGAAUACAUGGAAGUUAGAGAGCGUGUUCACAGAAAUAUCAAUGAAAACACGAACUCUCGCGUCGUUAUGUGGGCCGCUUUCGAGGCUUUCGUAUUGGUUGGAAUGACUGUUGGACAGAUUUUCUACUUGAAACGAUUCUUCGAAGUACGGACAAUGGUUUAAACUUCGCAUCCUGUCAACUACGUGUCUUUUUUCGCAAUCCAUCAUAUUUUUGCCCUUUAUUUAUUUCUUCUUGUUAAUUGCUGGUUUCUGGUUUUCAAAAUGAGUGAUUUUAUGUAGAAUUUGAGUAUUAAAUUAUGAAUUGUAAAUUUU